CAACUUUGGCGCCCUUCUCUUCUUUCCUUCCUCCUCUUCGUCUUCUUCUUUGCCUGCGUCGUCCUUUUGUGCACUUCAGUUGUUCACUGUUCAAGCCCCUGCUGCCAUGCACAGAAUCUUCUCCUCCAACUCACCCCAAGAAUUUCUGUCCAUUGGAUGAUUGGAUCAUCGUUCUCGGAGAACAACUAAGCCAGGUUACUAAACUAUGGCACUGGCUGCGCGUUCAAUCUCCCUGUUCCAUAAUGAUAGUAUUGGCAGUACAUGUAUGAGGUUGGGUUUUACAAGUGAGGAACGAUUUCAGAAGAGAAGGAUGGUUGAUUUUCAAGUGGUUGUGAAAUUUUGUCCCAAUAGCAGAAAAUCAAGAUACUCCCAAUUUAAUGGUUUGAAUAGAAACUCUUCUGGUUUAGGGUCAAAUUGGUCUUCUCUGCUCCAUAGCAGGACUGAGAAGGCUUUUUCAAAAAGGGACAAAAGAAGUUGUGGAACUGAGACGAAGCAGGUGAUUAAUGUUAUACUUGACGAACUACUGGGUCUCAUUAGAGAUUGGAGUCAGUUACAUUUUAUGAAAGUAGCUGGUUUGCUGGUAUGCACUCUCAUGGUGAUACCAUCAGCCAACGCUGUUGAUGCUCUCAAAACUUGUUCCUGCUUACUCAAGGAAUGCAGGGUAGAACUUGCAAAGUGCAUUGCAAAUCCGUCCUGUGCUGCUAAUGUUGCUUGUCUGCAAACUUGUAACAAUCGUCCUGAUGAGACAGAAUGCCAGAUUAAGUGUGGGGACCUGUUUGAGAACAGUGUUGUGGAUGAAUUUAAUGAAUGUGCAGUGUCACGAAAGAAAUGUGUACCUAUGAAAUCCGAUGUGGGAGAAUUUCCUGUCCCAGAUCCUUCUGCUCUUGUUCAAAGUUUUGAUAUGGAAAAGUUUAAUGGGAAAUGGUUCAUUACUAGUGGCUUGAAUCCUACAUUUGAUGCGUUUGAUUGCCAAGUGCAUGAAUUCCAUACAGAAUCUGGCAGACUUGUAGGAAAUUUGUCUUGGAGAAUACGAACCCCUGAUGGUGGAUUUUUUACUCGAACAGCUGUUCAGAAGUUUGUGCAAGAUCAAAACCAGCCUGGUAUACUAUACAAUCACGACAAUGAUUAUCUUCACUAUCAAGAUGACUGGUACAUUCUAUCUUCGAAGAUAGAGAAUAAACCAGAAGAUUAUAUAUUUGUAUACUACCGUGGGAGUAAUGAUGCUUGGGAUGGAUAUGGUGGUUCUGUGAUAUAUACAAAGAGUUCAAUAUUGCCACAAAGCAUUGUUCCAGAAUUGGAAAAAGCAGCUGCGAGCGUGGGACGAGAUUUCAGCAAGUUUAUCAAAACAGAUAAUACCUGCGGGCCUGAACCUCCACUUGUAGAGAGGUUGGAGAAGAAACUUGAGGAAGGGGAGAGGACCAUUAUAGAGGAAGUUCAACAGUUAGAAGGGGAGGUGGAGAAGGUUGAACAGACUGAGCGGUCAUUACUUCAAAGGUUAGCAGAAGGGUUUAAUGAAAUUAAAAAAGAUGAGGAGUACUUCUUGAAAGAGCUUUCCAAAGAAGAAAUGGAUAUAUUGAGCGAGCUCAAAAUGGAAGCAACUGAAGUAGAAAAGCUUUUUGGACGAACACUUCCUCUUCGGAAGCUAAGAUAGUCCGGACACUGCGGGGAUCAUAGGUUUCUUGGUUAUACCAUACUGUAUUACUGUUUUUAUAUGUUUUUUGGCAGAAUGUAAGCAGAAAUAACAUAUAUCAUU